UUUCCGAGAAUUUUCAAUUAUAGUCGAAAGCAGCGGCAAAGAAGCUGCGUACAGUUCGUCGCGUAGUGUUUGUGAUAAAGCAUAGGAUUAAACGUACAGUGAAGGCAGUUAUGGUCAUUAAGUGGGUGUUGGGCGUGCUCGCCUUCACCGUUGGUUUGCAGCAUGGGGUCGAGUCAGCGGGAAUCUGUGGAACGGCCGCUAUCCGACCACACUGGUCCGACUGCCGGAAGUUCAUCGAGUGUGGCGAGGAGACCAACGUGGUAUUCCAAUGUCCGGAGCGGAGCUUCUUCAAUCCCGUGACGUUGGUGUGCGAUUACGCGAUGUACCACGAGUGCCACGAAGAGGACAGUGCCGACAUCGGAUUCUACGCAACGCGUAAUUUCAUGGAAGCCAUGCCAGGCCUGCUAAUUUCGGACGAUACCUGCAAUCAACUUCCGUUGGGGGCCAAGUUUGUGAACCCGGAAGACUGCAGUCAGUUCUAUCACUGUUCGCCGUCUGGACCCGUGCUGUUCCAGUGUCCUGGAAAUUUGCUGUUCGAUUCGCGAACAAAUGUCUGCAAUUGGCCGCAGAAAGUGGAAGAUUGCAGUGGUAUUACUCCGGGACCAACUCCAAAUCCAACUCCAGGUGAAGGAAUAGGUGAAUGUGCGCCCAACUGUAUUCCUGAUGGUCGUUGUCCGAAUGGCUGCCUCCUUGACUUUAUAUUCCUGCCUUAUCCUGGUUCAUGCAGCUUAUAUCUUGCUUGUGAAGAUGGAUGUGCAUGCAUUAGACAGUGUGAAAAAGGCUUGUACUGGAGUGACCGGCUUCAACGAUGCGUACCUCGUUAUGAGUCCGAGUGCGAAGACCCAAUUCCCCUGCCAUGUCCCGAAUGUGAAGAAAAUCCUGCAUGCCCGGAUGUAGACGACCCAGACCUCCCAACCAUUCUACCGCUUCCUGAUCGAUGUGAUGGCUACCUGAAGUGUCGCGAAGGUUAUGCUUGUUUGGUAGAAUGCCCAUAUGGCUUGAAUUUCAACCAGGAAACUGGACAGUGUGAAGAUGGCCCAUGUGUAACAACGCCGCCGAUUAUUACUACUCCGUCAGAACCAACACCAGAUCCAACAACUACAACACCAGAGUUAACAACAACAACACCAGAGUUAACAACAACAACUCCAGAUCCAACAACAACAACACCAGAGUUAAUAACAACAACACCAGAUGCAACAACAACAACACCAGAUCCAACAACAACAACACCAGAUCCAACAACAACAACACAAGAGUUAACAACAACAACUCCAGAUCCAACAACAACAACACCAGAGUUAAAAACAACAACACCAGAUGCAACAACAACAACACCAGAUCCAACAACAACAACACCAGAUCCAACAACAACCGCCCCAGAUCCAACAACAACACCAUAUCCAACUACAACAACACCAGAUCCAACAACAACAACAAUAACCCCACCAACACCAACAACAAUAACAACACCACCACCACCCACGGAUUGUCCCGUCUGUCCACCUGGAGUUUGCAAGCCCGACGACAGGUGUCCAAUGGAUCCAUGCCUUCAAUGCGACCCGGUUCUGUUGCCACACCCUGAUUACUGCGAAAUGUUCCUUAAGUGUACCCACGGCUAUGCCUGUGAAAUGAAGUGCCCUGCUGGACUUCACUGGAGCACCGCUGCAAAUCGCUGCGAUUGGCCAUUCCUGGGUGACUGUGCCACUGGCGACGUUCCCACGAUUCCACCACCAGCCGACUGCCCGCUCGAUUACCGGUGUCCCGCGUUCGAUAACCCCUGGGAUCCGACCAUGUUGCCACAUCCGGAUGACUGUACCAAGUUUAUCAAGUGUGACAAUAAGCGAGGAUGCGUGAGGAGCUGUCCAGACGGUCUUCACUGGAGUGUUGCCCACAAUCGUUGUGAGUGGCCGAACGUUGCUGGAUGUGAUCCGAACAUUCCCAUCCCAGAUCCCGAGUGUCCGAUUUGUCCCUGCACGCCUUGUCGGAUGAGAGGAGAUCGACAUCCCUGUGUCGAUAAUAGUGUCUGCAAGCGAAACACGUUGAGCAGUCUCAGUCUUCCGUACGUGCAGGACUACACUCGAUUCUAUGAAUGUCUCGGUGGCAAGGCCUGUCUGCUGGACUGUCCACGAGGAACACGAUUCAACCAAAUGCGACAACGUUGUGAAGAUUUUAUUGUGUUGCGCUCAAAAAAUAGGCCUAAGUUCAUAGUCAGUGCAGUGAUGGUCCUCAAGUGGGUGUUGGGCGUGUUCGCCUUCACCGUCGGUUUGCAGCACGUGGCCGAGUCGGCGGGAAUUUGUGGAAAGGCCGCUAUUCGACGACACUGGUCCGAUUGUCGAAAGUUUGUCGAGUGUGGCGAGGAAACCACCGUGGUAUUCCAAUGUCCGGAGCGGAGCUUCUUCAAUCCCGUGACGUUGGUGUGCGAUUACGCGAUGUACCACGAGUGCUUGGUGGAGAACAAUGUAGAUCUCGGCUAUCUGGCAGCGCGGGAUCUUCUGGAAGCCAAACCUGGACGAUUAGUUAUGAACAGUAGAUGCAACGAACUUCAGUUGGGCGCAAAGUUUGUGAAUCCGGAAGAUUGCAGUCAGUUCUAUCACUGUUCACCGUCCGGACCCAUGCUUUUCCAGUGUCCUGGAAAUUUGCUAUUCGAUUCACGAGCAAAUGUCUGCAAUUGGCCGCAGAAAGUGGAGGAUUGUAGUGGUAUUACUCCGGGACCAACUCCAAAUACAAGUCCAGGUGAAGGAAUAGGUGAAUGUGCGCUCAAUUGUAUUCCUGAUGGUCGUUGUCCGAAGGACUGCCACCUUGACUUCAUUUUCCUGCCUCAUCCUGGUUCAUGCAGCUCAUAUCUCGCAUGUGAAAAUGGAUGUGCCUGCAGUAGACAGUGCGAAAAUGGCUUGUACUGGAGUAACCGGCUUCAGCGAUGCGUACCUCGUUUUGAGUCUGAGUGCGAAGACCCGGAUCCCUUGCCAUGUCCUGAUUGCAUAGUUGAUCUUGACGAGCGAUGCCCGCUGGACGAUAACCCAGACUACCCAACCCUUCUACCGCUUCCUGAUCGAUGUGAUGGCUACUUGAAGUGUCACGAAGGGUAUGUCUGCGUAAUUGAAUGUUCAGAUGGCUUGAAUUUCAACGAGGAAACUGGACAGUGUGAAGAUGGCCCAUGUGUCACAACGCCGCCGAUUAUUACUACUCCGUCAGAGGAUCCAACAACAGAAACAACACCAACGACCACUCCGACAACAACUCCAACAACAACACCGACAACAACUCCGACAACCACACCAACAACAACUCCGACAACAACACCAACAACCACACCAACAACUACUCCGACAACCACACCAACAACAACUCCAACAACCACACCAACAACAACUCCAACAACCACACCAACAACUACUCCGACAACCACACCAACAACAACUCCGACAACCACACCAACAACCACACCAACAACAACACCGACAACAACUCCAACUACAACACCAGGGCCAGAGUGUCCCACCUGCCCACCCGGAGUUUGCAAGCCCGACGACAGGUGUCCCAAAGGUCCAUGCCUGCAGUGCAACCCGGUUCUGUUGCCACACCCCGACUAUUGUGAAAUGUUCCUCAAGUGUACCAACGGAUUUGCCUGUGAAAUGAAGUGCCCUGCUGGACUUCACUGGAGCACCGCUGGAAAUCGCUGCGAUUGGCCAUUCUUGGGUGACUGUGCCACCGGACUUCCACCACCGCCUAGUCCAUCGCCAGCCGAUUGCCCGCUCGAUUACCGGUGUCCUGCGUUCGAUAACCCCUGGGAUCCGACCCUGUUGCCACAUCCGGGUGACUGUACCAAGUUCAUCAAGUGCGAGAACAGGCGAGGAUGCGUGAGGAGUUGUCCCGAGGGUCUUCACUGGAGUGUUGCCCACAAUCGUUGUGAGUGGCCGAACGUUGCUGGAUGUGAUCCGAAAAUUCCGAUAGAGCCCGAGUGUCCGAUUUGUCCCUGUACGCCCUGUCGGAUGAGAGGAGAUCGGCAUCCCUGUGUCGAUAACAGUUCCUGCAAGCGAAACAUGUUGAGCAGUCUCAGUCUUCCGUACGAGCAGGACUACACACGAUUCUAUGAAUGUCUCGGUGGCAAAGCCUGUCUUCUGGACUGUCCUCGAGGAACGCGGUUCAACCGAAGCCGGCAACGUUGCGAGGAUGUUUUGAUCUAUUGGAUACGGAUAGUUGCAGUUAUGGUCAUCAAGUGGGUGUUGGGCGUAUUCGCCUUCACCGUAGGUUUGCAGAACGUGGCCGAGUCGGCGGGAAUCUGUGGAAAGGCUGCUAUUCGACGACAUUGGUCCGAUUGUCGGAAGUUUGUUGAGUGUGGCGAGGAAACCACCGUAGUAUUCAUAUGCCCGGAACGGAGCUUCUUCAACCCUGUUACGUUGGUGUGUGAUUUCGCCAUGUAUCACGAGUGCUUGGUGGAGAACGAUGCGAACAUUGAAUACUUUGGGUCACGGAAUUUUAUGGAAGCCAAGCCUGGUCAGCUCGUGAUGAAUGGUAGAUGCAACGAGCUCCGAUUGGGAGCAAAGUUUGUGAAUCCGGAUGAUUGCAGUCAGUUCUUCCACUGUUCACCAUCGGGACCCAUGCUGUUCCAGUGUCCUGCCAGUUUGUUGUUCAAUUCAAGAUUAAAUGUCUGCGAUUGGCCACAGAAUGUAGAGGACUGCAGUGGACCAGGGCCAGGUCCAGGUCCAAGUCCAGAUGAAUGUGAGGGAUACUGUAUUCCAGAUUUACGCUGUCCCAACAAUUGCAUCUUUGAUAAUAUUUUUCUACCCCAUCCUGGUGCGUGCAGCUCUUAUUUUGCAUGUGAAAAUGGAUGUGCCUGCUUGAGACAGUGUCAAAAUGGUUUCUUCUGGAGUCACCGACUUCAACGUUGCGUACCCAGUUACGAGUCUGAAUGUGAGAAUCCCAUUCCACUACCGUGCCCUGUCUGCGUAAGGGAUGACCGAUGUCCGUUGGAAGAUGACCCAGACAAUCCAGUUCAACUGCCUCUUCCUGAUCGGUGCGAUGGCUUCUUGAAGUGCCACCAGGGUUAUGCCUGUGUAAUCGACUGCCCUGUCGGUAUGAAUUUCAACCAAAUUACGGGACAGUGCGAAAUUGGGGAAUGUGUAACAACUCCAACUAUCGAAACUACAGAACAAGAACAAGAAACAACAACACCAGAACCUGUAACAACAACAACCCCAAAGCCUAUGACAACAACACCAGCACCUAUAACAACUCCUACGCCAACAACACCAACAGACUGUCCCGUUUGCCCGCCCGGAGUAUGCACUCCCGACGACCGAUGUCCAGUGGGCCCAUGUUUGGAGUGCGAUCCUAUCCUGCUGCCACAUCCGGAACACUGCGACCGGUUCCUCAAGUGUACCCAUGGUUUUGCCUGUGAAAUGUGGUGCCCGGGCGGACUCCACUGGAACAGCGCAGCAAACCGAUGCGAUUGGCCAUUCCUGGGUGACUGUUCCACCGGUCCUAGUGCCACGGGUCCACCGCCAGCCGAUUGCCCACUCGAUUAUCGGUGUCCUGCGUUCGAUAACCCCUGGGAUCCGACCCUGUUGCCUCAUCCGGGUGACUGUACCAAGUUCAUCAAGUGCGAGAACAGGCGAGGAUGCGUGAGGAGUUGUCCCGAGGGUCUUCACUGGAGCAUCGCCCAUAACCGAUGCGAGUGGCCGAAUGUUGCUGGAUGUGAUCCGAAAAUUCCGAUAGAUCCCGAGUGUCCGAUUUGUCCCUGUACGCCCUGUCGGAUGAGAGGAGAUCGGCAUCCCUGUGUCGAUAACAGUGCCUGCAAGCGAAACAUGUUGAGCAGUCUCAGUCUUCCGUACGAACAGGACUACACCCGGUUCUAUGAAUGUCUAGGUGGCAAGGCCUGUCUGCUGGACUGUCCUCGAGGAACGCGGUUCAACCGAAGCCGACAGCGUUGUGAGGAUGUAUAGAACUAGGAAUUUAUUUAGGAAGCACGACAAUUUUGGAAGAAAUACGUAAUUAAUUAUCAAUGUAUGAGCAUAAAAA